AUGAAGGAUGUAACCUCCAAUCAACAGUACUUCCUUGAAGCCUCAAAGAAAGCCUCAGAGAGUACUCAGAAGCCAAGGAAAGCUUCAGAGAGUACUCAGAAGCCAAGGAAAGCUUCAGAGAGUACUCAGAAGCCAAGGAAAGCUUCAGAGAGUACUCAGAAGACAAGCAAAGCCUCAGAGAGUACUCAGCCUCAGAAGUACCAAGCAAAGCAGAGAGUACUCAGAGAGUACUCACAAGCCAAGGAAAGCUUCAGAGAGUACUCAGAAGCCAAGCAAAGCUUCAAAGCUUCAGAGAGUACUCAGAAGCCAAGCUUCAAAGCCUCAGAGAGUACUCAGAAGCCAAGCAAAGCUUCAGAGAGUACUACUCAGAAGCCAAGGAAAGCUUCAGAGAGUACUCAGAAGUACUCAAGCCAAGCAAAGCUUCAGAGAGUACUCAGAAGCCAAGGAAAGCUUCAGAGAGUACUCAAGCAAAGCUUCAGAGAGUACUCAGAAGCCAAGAAGCAAAGCUUCAGAGAUUAA